AUGGCCACCGAAAACUUGAUCCGAGCUGGAUCCGAUUGCCUACCAUUUCAUCCCCAUGAGGGAGAAAAAUGGUUGAACGACAAUUUUCAAAAAGUUCCACAGUAUCUUUUUCGUGUCUCAUUCCACCGCAAGUCAGACGGUGAGACCACCAAGAUCUGGGCAAAAUCCAAGGACGCCAAAGAAAGUAAUACGGGCCAAGAAACAAAUAUUCUAGACGGUGAUCGAACAGAUAUGGCAGAUAUGCUCUGGAGACAUCUUCAGUGGAGGAGUGGUAGUCCAAGCAACCUCCUCUCAUGGACGAGCUCACUGCUUUUCGCUUUACAAUAUAUGUUCUAUCGCCACCAUAGGGACCGUGUUGCCCUUGAAGAUAUUACUCUUUUCAUUAUCGACACUGCCCAGUUUCCAAAAGAAGCUUUUGCACGAGAUAUGGAUCUCAUCUCCAUAUUUAGCAAGUUUGAUUCUAGAUUACGCAAUCUGCAAGAACUCCGAACCAGAAAUACCUCCAAUUGCUCGGAAUGCUACUACUUUGGAGAGUAUUUUUCACAGGGCGCACUGAAGAUUGAAGGUAAAUGCGGUUCCGCUACUGCCAGAGAAAUCAUCGACAACGGAUUAUUUUAUCUGAGAGCCGAGUUCAUAGACUCCUUGAAUGAUGAAAAGAAGUGGGCAAAAAGAGUACUAGAACUGCGACAAUGUUUCAUUGAAGUUAAAGUUGGAGACGAAACCCAAGAUGAGCUUGAACUACAAGUUGCCGUCGCAUUUGGAAUUGGAAGCUUGUUCGGCUCCAGCUGGGCACCGCCUAUUGCAGCCAGUCUACUGGGGCUGAGACCCCGCUCAGCGAGAGAUGUCGAUAUCAUCUGCAAGGCAUCCAUGACGUUUGCUGCCGGUAGGAUCAAACCCCCAGCGAGUAUCACUCAUCGUAAUGACUUUAUUAGGAUGGAAUGGCCUUUAUUACGAGUCUAA